UCCUUGACGACAAAACGCCCAGUCACACCUCGCUUCAGCUACCAGAAAGACAUGCGUACAUAGAAAACUUCGGAUACAAGUGCAAAGUUCAUAGUCCAUAGCUAACACAAAUUUAUCUCUUGAAUGGAGUGUGUUACUCUGAAGAGUGAAAGAGACCUCUCUCAACGUCGUUUCGGCACAAUUCUGCUGUUGUUCAAACUGACGGGGAUUCCACUCAAUACUUAUUCCGUAUCAAGAGUCCAAAGCGUACAUAAUAUCACCAGUGCAGUGUGCUAUUACGUUACAGUGGCUUCGUCUUUUAUGGACGUUUAUGUUAAUAGAAAUAACUUCGAAGAGGUGAUGAAGAGCAUUCGAGUGUUUCUUGCAAUUAUAUUCGUGACAGUGAUGGAUAUCUCCUUCAGGUUCCGUAAACAUGACAUGAAUCAUCUGAUUACUCUGACGGAAUAUUUUACCUGGGAAGAACUGCCAGCCAUACAUCCUGACACUGGAUAUGCAACACACGCUGGAUUGGUCCCGAAGAUUCCAGUCAUUGUAAAAUAUAUGAUGGUCUUCAUAGCUGUGUUUCACGGAACGCAAUGCAUUGUACGCAUGAUCAUUAGUCAUGACAUGAUCUACUCCAAAUGGUACCCUUUCGAUGCUACUGUGAGCCCUGUUUAUGAACUGGUAAACUUGUCGCAGGCCAUUGCUUCCCUCUGCGCCGCAUGCAUAUUUGUUGGGUGCUUCAGCCUGUACGCCAUUCUAGUGUGUGUAGCCUGCAGUCAGCUGGAGAAGCUCAGAGCGGCCCUACUGGAUAUCAGACAGAUACACGUCACAGCAGAGAGGGACUGUGGGACACAGGCUGACCUACUGGAGGCACAAGGACACUCUCGUGCCUCAGAGGAACUGUUCCGUCACAUGCAGAAACAAAUCAACAACUGCAUACGUCACCAUCAGGAGAUAAAACGGUUCAUGCAGAGCACUGAAGAGUGUUGGAAUAUUCUACUGUGCGGUACUUUUCUGGUGCUUCUAUCAGCUAUGUGUUUCAACGCUUUCUCAGCCAUUAUGUGCUGGGGAAAACACGCUGAUGUAGCCCAAGCUGUAUUUCUUUAUGCUGUUAUGACGGGCUAUGUGUGUCUAAUCUGCUGGCUUGGAAAUGAGCUCUCAGAACAAGCCGAAAAUGUGAAAGACGCUGCGUGGGGGUGCGACUGGGUGGGAACCCCUGUCCCAUUUCAGCGCUGUCUGGCCUUCAUCAUCGCCACAGCCAACAAGGAGUUCACACUCACCGCAGGGAAAUUUGUUCCUGUAUCAAACAAGACAAUGAUGAAUAUGAUGAACCAGACUCUCUCGUUCUUCAUGUUCCUUCUGCAGAUGAGGAGCAGAGACUAUGAAACGAAUUAGGGGCCACAAGAAUAAACAGAUCGAUCAGUAGCUCACUUAGUCUGCACAGCUCUCUCACUGCUACUUGGUGCUGUAUACAUGUAAACACAUCUCACACUUCUGUUCCUAUCAUAACAAUUGCAUUCGCUGGAAGUGGCUAGAAAAUGCCUUCGGUAGUUGGAAAUAAAUGUGCAUAUUCAAAACCACUGGUUACAGCACAACCCACUCCUGCUUAGGCCCAUUUGUAGCUUAACGGCGCUGACAGUAAAUAAGACCAUACAGCGCAGAGUGACUAAAUGAUAUUCAAUGAAGUGUAGAAGGCCUCAUUCUUAAGGUAUCGGGAAGGAAUCUGCCUGGAAAAACUGAAGAAAACCAUAAGGAUUCCUGUCAGCACGGCCCUGUGCUGGCAAAAUAUAUUAUUCUUUGAGAAAAAAAAAUAGCAUUCCAUUUACAUUUUUAAGUGUGGUAUCUAAAAAUAAAGAGCCGCAUGUUUAUAGCAAAUUCUGUAUAUGAUAAUUUGGUUUCAAUGUGUUAAAUUCGACAUCAAGUCAGUGUCCAAAUUAAGAAAGAAAACAACAAACUUUAAUAGUGAUUAGAUGAAACUGAAUUAAUUGUUCCGAAAGUUCUGUAUAAUACUGUGGUUUCAAUGUUCACAACCAACAUAUAUUCAUUGACCAUAUUAGGAAACGAAAUUACAAGGUUUAAGAACAUUUAUUUGGAAAACAGUAAACCCUCGUCAAACGCGGCGUAUAAGUGUCUCGAAAGGCUCGCGUCCUGUGAAACCCUGCUGGACGAACGUAACAUCGUGGGGAGCUAACGAGGAUUCGGGAAUGCAGCCUCCGAAAUUAUCCUAAUCCUUUCAGCCGCACUAUGGCCCUGGGGUUGA